AUGCGCCAUCUUUGGCUUCUGCCAGCUGUUGCUGGUCUAGCUGGGGCCCAAUGCCCGUUUCUGUCCGGCGAGAUGGGGACUCCCCCUCGUUUCACCGAGCGAGCAGAUAACCCAACUGACACCAUCGAGGUUGUCGAGCAGCCCAUCGAUCAGUCGCUCUACCUCAAUGAUACUGACAGCUAUAUGACCACCGACUUUGGCACCCCAAUUUCGGACCAGUGGAGUCUGAAGGCUGGACACAGAGGACCAACCCUUCUUGAAGAUUUCAUCUUCCGCCAGAAACUGCAGCGCUUCGAUCAUGAGCGGAUUCCCGAACGAGUUGUGCACGCACGUGGUGCCGGCGCGUACGGUACCUUCCGAUCGUAUGGCGACUUCUCCAACAUGACUGCUGCCGAUUUCCUCAGUGCCGCCGACAAAGAGACCCCCAUGUUCUGCCGCUUCUCGACGGUGGUCGGAUUCCGAGGCAGUGUUGAUACCGCGCGGGAUGUUCACGGCCACGCUUGUCGGUUCUACACCGAUGAGGGCAAUUACGAUAUCGUCGGCGUCAACAUCGCCCCCUUCUUCAUCCAAGAUGCGAUCCAAUUCCCCGACCUAGUUCACGCCAUCAAGCCCAUGCCGCACAACGAAAUCCCGCAGGCGGCGACAGCUCACUCCUCGGCCUGGGACUUUUUCAGCCAGCAGAGCACGGCACUGCACAGCGCCCUGUGGCUGAUGUCCGGCCACGGCAUCCCGCGCUCGUACCGCCACAUGAACGGCUACGGCGUGCACAGCUUCCGCUUCGUGACGGCCAACGGCACCAGCAAGGUGGUCCGGUACCGGUGGCGCUCGCUGCAGGGGGUGGCCAGUCUGGUGUGGGACGAAGCGCAAGCCACGGCCGGCAAGAACAGUGACUUCCACCGGCAGGAUCUGCACGAUGCCAUCGAGAACGGCCGCUAUCCCAGGUGGGAGCUGGGCGCCCAGAUCAUGGACGAAUCCGACAUGCUGCGCUUCGGCUUCGACCUGCUUGACCCGACCAAGUUCGUCCCCGAAGAACUUGUCCCCUUCACCCCGCUGGGCGUGAUGGAGCUCAAUGCCAACCCGACCAACUACUUUGCUGAGGUGGAACAAGUCGGCUUUCAACCCGGCCACAUAAUCCGCGGCAUCGACUUUACCGAAGACCCUCUCCUCCAAGGCCGACUCUUCUCCUACCUAGACACGCAAAUAAACCGCCACGGGGGCCCGAACUUCGAGCAACUGCCCGUGAACCGGCCGCGCAAGCCCGUCCACAACAACAACCGCGACGGCUUCGGCCAGCAGCAGAUCCCCACCAACAACUGGGCCUACACGCCCAACACGAUGGGCGCCCAGACUGCCCCGCGCCAGGCGAACCAAACCACCGGUCACGGGUUCUUCACUGCCCCCUACCGCUUCGCAAGCGGCCAUCUCGUGCGCGAGCCCAGCCCCACCUUCGCCGAUCACUGGUCCCAGCCGGCCCUGUUCUGGAAUUCGUUGGUGCCUGCGGAGCAGCAGAUGGUGGUGAAUGCGAUUGUGUUUGAGAAUUCCAAGGUGACGAGUGUGCAUGUGCGGCGGAAUGUGGUCGCGCAGUUGAAUCGCGUGGACCAUGGGUUGGCGACGCGGGUGGCCAGGGGGUUGGGGUUGGAGGUGCCGGACCCUGAGGGCAGGUACUAUACCUCGAAUACGACGGUGAAUGUUGGGACAUUUGGGCAGCGGUUGCUCAGUGUUGAGGGCCUAUCGGUUGGGGUUUUGGCGUCGACUAAGGAUGAGGGGUCGCUGAGCCUUGGGGCGGAGUUGGCUAGGGUGCUGGCGGUGCAUGGGGUUGAUGUUGAGGUUGUCGCGGAGGUAUGGGCCGAGGGUGUGAAUACGACGUAUGCGCUCUCCGAUGCUUCCGGGUUCGAUGCGGUGGUUGUGGCGGAUGGGGUGGAGAGGUUGUUCACGACGGGCAAUGCGACGACGAUGUAUCCUCCCGGUCGGCCGGCGCAGAUCCUGGCUGAUGCGUUCCGGUAUGGCAAGCCCAUUGGAGCAGUGGGGAGUGGGAAGCGGGCCUUGAAGGGGGCGGGCAUUGAGGUUGGGAGGGAUGGGGUGUAUGUCGCUGGGAAUGCGACGGGGUUGGCGGCGGAGGUGUUGGAGGGAUUGUAUACUUUCAGGUUCUUGGAUCGGUUUGCAUUGGAUGAGGACUGA